CGGAAGCGGAAGUAGGGGAGGACGAGGCAGUUCCGGUUUCUCUCCCAGUCUCCCCAUGGCGCCGCGGAGCUCUCGUCAGACGGGCUCGCACAAGGCGCGCUCCCUGGCCCGCCAGUGGAAAGCGAAGCGGCGGCGCCGGGACCUGGACCAGAUCCACGGGGACCUGCGGCCGGACAAUGCGGCCAGGCUGCUGCACCAGGAGCCGGACCCCGACAUGCCCGGGAGCGCGCAGCACUACUGCCUGCACUGCGCGCGAUACUUUGUAGAUUUGAAUAGCAUGAAGGAACAUUUCAAAUCUAAAGUUCACAAAAGAAGACUGAAGCAGCUGAGUGAGGAGCCUUAUACCCAGGAGGAGGCAGAGAGAGCAGCUGGGAUGGGAUCCUACAUUCCUCCAAAGAAGAUAGAAGUACAGACUCAACCGCUUGAGAUGGAGGAAUCUGGCUGAAUACGGAGGCCCAGAGAUUGUUCUCUGAUCCAUUAGAAAGUGCCCUUGAUUAAAGCCCCACUUUGUGGCAGCGUC